AUGGCCAUCUCCACCACCCUCAAUCUCUCACCAACGACGCCACGCUCUCUCUUUAUGCAUCACUCCUCUCGUUUCUCACCGCCGUCUAUAUCCCUGUCCCCCACCCCAACAAAAACCGCCCACCUUUCACUUUCUUUAACCUACACCCAAAAGCGCCCCGUAUUCUUAGCCUUCUCCACCAAUGCAGCCUCCACCAACAGUAAUAUUGACUACAGCCUUGCGAGUGGCGGUGGCAGUGGAGGAAGCGACAACGGCAGAGGAGGCGGCGGAGGCGGAGAUAAUAAUGAUGGGAGCGAUGACAGUAACAAGAAGAACAACAAAGAAGAGGCCUUUAUGGCGUUAGCUGAGGCCAGUAGGAGUCUUGAGAGUUUGCCUAAGGAUUUGAAGGCAGCAAUUGAGGAUGGAAGAAUACCGGGAUCGAUUUUGUUGAGAUAUUUUGAAUUGGAAAAAUCUGGUUUGCUUUCUUGGUUGAUGAAGUUUGGUGGUUUCAAGGAGAGAUUAUUGGCUGAUGAUCUCUUCUUGGCUAAAGUCUUCAUUGAAUGUGGCGUUGGAGUUUUCACCAAGACUGCUGCAGAAUAUUCGCGACGGAAGGAAAACUUUUUCAAUGAGCUGGAAAUUGUUUUUGCUGAUGUGGUGAUGGCAAUAAUUGCAGAUUUUAUGCUGGUCUAUCUUCCGGCUCCUACUGUUUCUCUCCGACCGCCUAUUGCAGUCACUGCUGGACGCCUUGCUAAGUUCUUUUACAACUGUCCAGAUAAUGCAUUCCAGGUUGCAUUGCGUGGAACCUCUUAUUCAUUGUUACAGAGAAUAGGUGCCAUAGUGCGUAAUGGAGCAAAGCUGUUUGCUGUUGGCACCACCUCAUCCCUGGUUGGGACGGUUGUGACAAAUGCAUUGAUAAAUGCUCGAAAGGCUGUUGACCACUCUGCUGGAGAUGAGGUGGAGAAUGUCCCUGUACUGUCAACAAGUGUUGCCUACGGUGUAUAUAUGGCAGUAUCCAGCAACCUUCGAUACCAGGUUUUGGCUGGUGUGAUUGAACAAAGGAUGUUAGAGCCUUUGCUGCAUCGGCACAAGUUAUUCUUGAGUGCAAUUUGCUUUGCUGUGCGAACUGGCAACACAUUCUUGGGUUCCUUGUUGUGGGUUGAUUAUGCUCGUUGGAUAGGAAUUCAAAAGGCUCACGAUGUAGAGUCACAGGUGGGAACUUCUGCUUCAUGCUGA